AUGCCGUAUUUCAAAUAUUCGACAUUAUGUUGCCGGCGUUUCUUCUUUGCUCCUACAUCUGACAUUGUCGAGGCCUACAAAAAAAAAAUAGUGAAGCUGAAGAAUUUUUCGACAGAAACGGAUGAAUCUAGAGUCACCGCCGCCGCCUUCUUCUUCUGUUGCUGCUGCUGUCCCUCCUCCUUCCUCCUCCUUCUUCUUCUUCUCUCCUCUUUCUUCUAUCUUCCUUCUCUUCUUCUUCUUCUUCUUCUGUUCUUAAUUCCCUCCUUCCUGCCUUCUUCUUCUUCUCUAUCUUCUUCUCCUCUUCCUCCCUUCUUCUUCUUCUUCUUCUUCUGUUCCUGCUGCUGCCCCUCCUCCUCCUUCUUCUGCUCUUCUAUCUUCUUCUCCUCUUCCUCCCUUCUUCUUCUUCUUCUUCUUCUGUUCCUCUGCUUCCUCCUCCUUCCUGCUCUCCUUCUUCUCCUUCUUCUUCUUCUUCUUCUUCUUCUUCUCUUCCUCCUCCUCCUCCUUCUUCUGCUCUUCUUCUUCUUCUUCUUCCUCCCUUCUUCUUCUUCUUCUUCUUCUUCUUCUUCUUCUUCUUCUGUUCCUGCUGCUGCCCCUCCUCCUCCUUCUUCUGCUCUUCUAUCUUCUUCUCCUCUUCCUCCCUUCUUCUUCUUCUUCUUCUUCCUGCUGCUGCCCCUCCUCCUCCUUCUUCUGCUCCUCUAUCUUCUUCUCCUCUUCCUCUUCUUCUCCUUCUUCUUCUUCUUCUUCUGUUCCUGCUGCUUCCCCUCCUCCUCCUUCUUCUCUUCUUCUUCUUCUCUUCUGUUCCUAUGCCCCUCCUCUCCUUCUUCUCCUCUAUCCUUCUUCUCCUUUCUUCCUCCCCUCUUUUCUUCUUCUUCUUCUUCUGUUGUUGCUGCUGCCCUCCUCCUCCUUCUUCUGCUCCCUCAUCUACUUCUCCUCUUCCUCCUUCUUCUUCUUCUUCUGUUGCCUGCUGCUGCCCUCCACCUCCUUCUUCUGCUCCUCUAUCUCCUUCUCCUCUUCCUCCCUUCUUCUUCUUCUACUGCGGUCGCUGUUCUUUUCCUCCUCCUCCUCUUCUUCUUCUUCUUCUUCGCUUCAUUCUCCUUCUUCUAUUGCUUCUGCUGCUUCACCUCCAACUCUUUUUCUUCUUCUGCUCCUCCACCCCCUAAUAUUUAUUUUUUUUCUGUUCCUCCUCCUCCUUCUUCUUCUUCUUCUUCUUCUUCUUCUUCUUCGUCGUCGUCGUCGUCGUCGUCGUAG